AUGGUUUCUACACUCCCCUUCCUCCUCGCCCUCCCGUCCCUGCUGGUAUCAACGGCUCUGGCCGCUCCUUUAGAAGCGCAUGCCAUCCUUGCCCCACGCCAGAUUGUGUGCCCGACUGUCUCGCGCUGGCGAGGCUAUGACUACUCGACGGUGUGGCUGUCGACGACCACCGUGACAAAUGGCUGGUCCUCGCUGGGCUCCGUCACUUCCACCAAGACUGAGUCCGAGACUCGCACCAUAGUCACCGCCUCCACCGUCAUCUCGCCAUCCGUAACUACACUUCCAGCAACCACGACCACAACUAAUGUGGCCACCGACACCACGACGAUUACUUGGCAAACCUAUACAUCAACCGUCACAUCCCCGGGCUUUGCACCGUCCUCAGUCUGCCAAGUGACAACCGUCACAUACACUAUUCCGAGCACGACUAGUAUCACUUAUACUCGGGAUGUCUCGUACGUCUAA